AUGAGCGGGCCACUCUACAACCGGCUGUCUGUCGACCAAGACAAAGAGGCUCUCUUGUCCGAGAAACUACGAUCUUCAUCAUAUUCACCCCCACGCCCGACUUCACGAUUCAGCAAUGUGCCUUCCGACUUCUCUGCGCUAUCCAGAGGAAGCUUCAGGAGCUCGGUCUCUCAGAUACCGACGCCUGGGACGGAGGAAAAGAGACCGCCGAAAUUCGAACCUUUUUCCUUGAGGUUGGGAGUGGUCAUGACAGGAGCCACGAUCAUGAUCAUCAUUGCACUCGCGUUGGAGAUCGCCUUGUUUUUCUCUCAAAGGGAUGGUGGUUUCCAUGUUCCACGACAAAACAAACUUCCACUUGUCUCAACGCAGUUCCUCACAUCGUUUUUUCCUACGGCCAUGAUCAUCCCAAUUGCAUUCACAGUCACAACGUUUGACUGGAUGAUGCGCUGGUGGCAGCCAUAUAUCGUGCUGUCUAAAGGGCAUGCUCGUGCAGAGGAUGGUUUGUUGUUGGAUUAUAUUGCCAUGAACCGAUUUUUGGUCGCAUACCAAUCCAUGAAGCGCAAGCACAAAAUUAUCGCCCUAUCGUCGUUCACAGUCAUCUCGUCAUGGUUCUGGCAGCCUCUGGCCGGAUCUCUAUUGUCCAUCAGGCAGCUUCCGGAGUCGUCAGGAUUUGCCGCGACCAGCAUCCGUACCAUCGGUCUCUCUCCAGAUGUCGCUGAUCUGGGUGCCUUCGCCGCGUCUGCGGGAUUUGCCGCAGCUUCAGUGUACAACGACCUUCCGGAUCCUCCCUUCGUCCAGGGUGGAUGGGCUGCAGCAGAAUUUGUCUUUCCAACGGAACAAUACUUCAAUGGGACCGUCGCUGUCAACACUACAGGAGUUCAGACCGACGUCGAAUGCGCCAACCCCAUUGAUUUGACGCUCUCUACCUCCGACCCGUCUCGAUUUAGCGUCAAUGCCACCUCUAUCGACGGAUGUCAGCUAGGUCCAGUUUUCUUUAAUUCAAGCGAUAGCAAUCAGCAAUAUGGUGUUACAAACGUUCCUCACUGUGGCAGUACCUCUGCGAAUAUAACGCAACAACCGGUAUUCUUCUGGUUCUACCAUGUGAAAGGUGAUGGGUCGCAUGAAGCCAAGGGCGUGUUCUGUACACCCAGCAUACAGUUGUUCGAUAUCAUGGCGAAUGCAGAUCUGGCUACUGGGAGCCUGAUCAAUGCUACAAAGCUCGGUAAUUAUCCCACUGCGAACAACGUUUCUGGCGAUCCAUUGAACGGAAACGCAUACAAUGGCCUCAUCUUCGACAACAACACGGAUGUGAAUAUCAAUGCGCGCGCACUCACCAUUAAAACUGAGAUCCCGGGCGCCAUAUUCCGUUCCGCCACCCAAGCAGAUGAUGGCGUUGAUUCCGUCUUUCAGGAUGUAGACGGCUUCGUCAAUCGAACAACCCAGGUCUAUACGCAAUACUUGGCACUAGCCGCGAAAUCCGUAUAUUUCGUUGCAGUCACUGACCAAGUGCCAGCCGUAUUGACAGAGCUUGCGCCGCGUCUGUGGAUAGCCCCCAUUCCAAGCCAUUUGUUGUCAGUCAGCCUCAUCGCCGUGGGCAUCAUCAUCAUUAGCACGCAUAUCAUACACUGGCGCUCUCGACGAGAAGUCUACCUGACGCAUGCGCCAGGCUCGAUCGCAACGGUCGUGUCGCAAACAUCCCGCUCUGGAUUUGGCGAGCUGCUGCUGCCAUACGAUGACGAAGAGCGUAUGCAGAAGAAGUUGGAAGGGCUGCGAUUCAGGUUGGACAAGAGGACCGGGGCGAUCGUGGUCGACGACAGAGCUGUCGCUUUUGGUGGACCGAGUGCGCCGAGCACGCCGGAUGCUAGGGAGCAGUCGAUGAUGGCGCUCAUGGGGCAGAGGGAGAGCAGGGAGAGUGCUGGUGGCGGGAGGGGCGGGAGUACGGAAAGGUACAGCGAUCGUCCUCCUCUCACGAACCGCAGCUCGACCCCGCUUGCGACUGUUUCCGAGUAUGGCAACGAGGGAAGGGAAAGGGAAGGGCGUGUGGAGGACGUUUGA